AUGCAUCUUGAGACACCGGCCCUAUACGCUCUUUCGUUCGUCUUCCUCUGCUUCCCAUGCGGAUCCUUCGCCCAGGACUUCACCAUUCCCUCUGCAUGGGUGGAUACCACUUCCAAUGUUAGUCGCGCUGAGCGCCUAAAUGCCGCAUGGGGAUCUGCCAAUGAGGUAGUGAGAAGGAUAGACCCUACACUCGGGAUACCCAGUGACAAUAUCUUCUAUGAAACCGGGUCGAAUAUGGCCAUUGCUUUCGCACUACAGGACUAUCGCAGCGGCAAUAGCUCCUGGAAAAAGCAGGUCAUUGGCAACACACUGUCUCUUUAUGAGGACAACCGCGCAACUUCCGGUCUAUAUAACGAAAACUCUACCCGAGACGUCAUCUUCUAUGGGCUGGCCGAAGCGACUGCAUACCUAGCUUACAACGACAGCGGACGCCUCGAGGUUGCACAACAGAACUUUGAUCUCGUCUACAGUGACUUCAUCAAUGCAACUCGCGCUGAGAGCAGGAAGUACCCCCGAAAGCUCACUACGACAUGCGAACGUACACUGGGGGCAUUCCCUAGUGGUUACCCGGCUAGUAGAUAA